AUGCCCCCUCAAGAGCCUCUUUCCUACCCUCUCAAUUCCCCAUUGUUGCACAUUCUCUCCCCAAAAUCAUAUCUCAAUCUUCCAUUACCUCAAAAGAAAUCUUUACUAAAAAUGAGCCUUACAAAGAGAAAAUCAAUCCUGAUUCUUGUUUUUAUCCUUGUGAUUGCCUCCCUCAUAAGAGUACUCAGAAUAACCAUCACCACAUCAUACUUCCCAAAUGUUGUUUCAUCAUCUAUGGAUCAUGAUCUUAUAACAACAACAAGAAGUAACGUGAGUGACAAGACACUCUCUGAAAAGGAACUUAGGUUUCUCUCAGAUAUAAUCCUUCAAAAAUCUCCCUGUAAUCUUCUUGUUUUUGGGCUUGAAGAUCAAUACCUAAAGCUACCAACUAUCAACAAAGGUGGCGCAACGGUUUUUCUAGAGGACAAACCAGAAAAGCUAAUGAAAAUGAAGGGAAAUGACGAUGGUGUACAGGUAUUCAGAAUCAGGUAUAAAACAUCCGCUAAAGAAGCGUAUAAGUUGUUAAAGCAUGCAAGAAGAGACUCUAGUUGUUCUUACAGAAGACUUACCUCAAAAUGUAAGAUUGCAGUUACUGGAUUCCCGAAAGAAGUGUUGAAGAUUAAGUGGGAUGUUAUUGUUGUGGAUGGACCUGGUGGAGAUGGACCUGAGUCGCCUGGAAGAAUGGGAGCGAUUUAUAUGGCGGGUGUUCUUGCAAGAUCUGGGAAUGGGACGAAUGUUGUUGUUCAUGAUGUUGAUCGGAUGAUUGAGAAGUGGUUUUCAUGGGAGUUUUUGAGUGAAAAGAAUUUGGUUUCUUCUAAAGGGAAGUUUUGGAAUUUUAAGAUAGGUCAAAGAAAGAAACUGGUUACUUUGAAGAGAUCGUGA